UUUUUUUUCCGCUGUGAACGGCGGAGCUGGGAACGCUGCCUUCGACUCUCCCUCUACUGGAGUGUAAUGUCGCAAGGUUGGGGUAGAAAGCUCUGGGUUUGCGACCGUAGCUCUCGCUUUCCGGCCAACACAGAGACAGACGUGCCUGAAGGCUGGUUGAGGUGGUGAGGCCCGAGGCAGCUUCCAGAAUUUCUGAGCAAUCCUGGUCAGUACAAGAUGGACCCUGUAGUCUUGAGUUACAUGGACAGUCUACUGCGGCAAUCAGAUGUCUCACUAUUGGAUCCUCCAAGCUGGCUCAAUGACCGUAUUAUUGGGUUUGCCUUUGAGUACUUUGCCAAUAGUCAGUUUCAUGACUGCUCUGACCAAGUCUGCUUCAUCAGUCCUGAAGUCACCCAGUUCAUCAAGUGCACUAGCAACCCAGCAGAGAUUGCCAUGUUCCUUGAACCCCUGGACAUCCCCAACAAGAGAGUUGUAUUUUUAGCCAUCAAUGAUAAUUCCAACCAGGCAGCUGGGGGAACCCAUUGGAGUUUGCUGGUUUAUCUCCAAGAUAAAAAUAGCUUUUUUCAUUAUGACUCCCAUAGCAGAAGCAACUCAGUUCAUGCAAAGCAGGUAGCAGAAAAAUUGGAGGCUUUUUUAGGCAGAAAAGGAGACAAACUAGUGUUUGUGGAAGAGAAAGCCCCUGCUCAACAAAACAGCUAUGACUGUGGGAUGUACGUGAUAUGUAACACUGAGGCCUUGUGUCAGAACUUUUUUAGACAACAGCCAGAAUCACUAUUGCAGCUACUCACUCCUAUAUACAUCACAAAGAAGAGGGGAGAAUGGAAAGAUCUCAUUGCCAGACUUGCUAAAAAUUAGAUAUUGUAUAUUUGUGACUUUUGAAGUCUCAUUCUGCCUGUCCCCAUUUGUUGGAUGGCUGCAGUCUCAGUGCCUGAGGGAAGAUGCCGGAUAGAGGCAAGCUUAGGAUUUUUACUUUUUCCUGAAAAAAUGUCAUCUUCUACAUUAUCCUAAUGGAAAGUUUCAUUUUAACCGUACCUUGAAAAGACAAUGUUCUAUGAAAAUGUCUUGAAGUUAUGCACCAAAACCUUAAAACCAAGCUAUUGUAACAUUUAUUAAUUACCUUUUGGUCUCCAUUAGCCACAUUGGCUUAUUCCAAAGGAAAAGCAGUGAUCUGUAAAACAAAUUAAGGAUAUGUAAAAUCUAGAGGAAUGCAAGAAGAAAACAAUAAAAGAAUCAAAAACUUAUUGCAUAGUCCACUGGCUGGAAGCAGAUCAAGAUCUAAAUAUUAUGAGAAUCAAUUAUUCACUUCUGUGCUAUCUCUUCCAUUCACCAUGCAAAGCUUUCCUGGCUAUCAUCAUACCCUUUGCAAAGAUUUUGUUAACCCAUCUUUCCCCAUCUGAUUCCUGGAUGCUUUAUGAAAGGGGGAAUCAAGUAACUUUAUUAAAUUAAAUGGCUCUGAUAGACCACUUAGUUUGCUCAGUGAGUGGUCAAUUUGCUACUCUGAAUUGAUAAUAGCUUUCAUUAACCUUGUCUAUUAGCCAUGUGCACACUCCUUCCUUAUACCCAAAGUUCUGUGGUUUUAAAAACUCAGCUGAUAACUUCUCACGGUUAUCUGUUAUUUCAAAUAAGUAUUUCUUCUUUCUGAUAGUUUUUUCUCUCCUCUUUACCCUUAAUCUGGCAGAAUUGUUUGAUUUAUAUCAUGGUGAUUUCAGAACUUCAAUUGUACCUGAAAUUUACAAACUAAAAAUUAGUUUGUUUUUGAGCUACAAAGGAGAAAGGGUGACCUUAAUUCAAAAUGCAGACAAUGUCAUUUUUAAAAAGUGGAAUGAAGAGUAAAAAGAAAUGCUGUCCCUCCUAAGCCAGUGAUGUGUUUUUUCAGAGUUGUUUCUAAUAAUUAACAACUAGAUGAUAUGUUGGGUACACCCAUUAAUUCUAUUCUUAAUGAGAAUUAGAUUGCAAUGCAUGACACUUAAAAACCAAAAUUAGCCCUAGCUGGUUUGGCUCAGUGGAUAGAGCAUCGGCCUGUGGACUGAAGGAUCCCAGAUUCAAUUCUGGUCAAGGGCACAUGCCUGGGUUGUGGGUUCCAUCCCCAGUAGGGGGCGUGCAGGAGGCAGCCAACCAAUGAUUCUCUCACCAUUGAUGUUUCUGUCCCUCUCCCUCUCUGAAAUUAAUAAAAAUAUACUUUAAAAAAUUUUUAAAAACAAAACCAAGAUUAGCUUCAGACAUGAAACUGAUUUCAGCUACUUCCUCAAUCUAACCCUGCCCUCAGCCCUCAUGGCUCAAAAUAACCUCACCAAGCAGCGACCACAGAGGCAGUUACUCAGUUCCUUUUAAUCAGGGAGGGAAAACACAGUCACUCUAAAUAAGUACUGGUUACAUAGCAGGCCUGAGUGAACAAGAGCUGAAACUAAAAGUCAAAGAGAAAGCUACACAAAAAGUUUUCAUUUCAAGUCAGUAUGUUUUGGAUAAAAAGAAGACCUAAUGGAAGACAGGAGCAGAAAAAGAAAUUAGGAUCUGGUAGUCAGCCAUAGUGAAGUAGGGAGGAGGGACAGCAAGAGAUGUGACAUAGUGUAGAUGAUGAUGAGAGCAAUAUUUCAAUAACUGUUGAAUAAAAUCCUCUUUUGGAAAGGUUUUGUCUUUCUGCUAAUGCAAAGUAUGUGUGGACCCUGAGAAAGGAGAUACCUAUUGAGGAGGGCUCCUGGUGGCUUAAUGGGGCUCAAAUUAAAAACAAAAAAACAGCCUAGUAGCCAUUUCUACAUAAGGGUCUCUCAUGCAAACUGCACUUCAGGGAGAAGCCUUCACUGUUUCUGCCAUCUGAGCCUGCUCUUCUAGAGGAGUUCCUGGAUUCCUAUUUCAACUAGUAGAACUGAAGCUUUCCUCAUCCAGUCUGAGUUGUGCAACUAUUCCCCCACCCCAGCUUCUUCACUGGCCAAUCAGAACAGCUCGGCUCUGACCAAUCAGGACAGUGCCUUGUGGACCAAUAAAACUGCAAAGAUUUGGAAUCCUCAUUUGCAUGAGGAUGAACCAAUCAGGGACCAGGGGUAGGAACUUCUGUCUAUAUAAGUAAACUCCCAGCUGCCUCUGAUAUCUCUUUCCCUUUCCACCAAAUACUGCAUUUUUAUAGAUGGAGCUAAAAAACUGAAGCUGUCACACUGGAGCAGAGCAGAGCAUACCAGUGCAGGCCAGAGCAAAGCAAAGCGGACCAGUGAGGAGCAGAGCUCUCUCUAGCUAUAGAGGAGCCUAGCUCCAGGGCUGCCUCAUAGCUGUGCUGUUUUCCAGCAAUGUAGUAUCACAAUUGGGCUGUUUUGCACUGAAUAAAGUUUUUUCUUUACUGCUCCAAGUUGGGGAUGGCGUUGAAUUGGCACCAACGACCAUCAGUCUGUUCAGAUAUCUGAUUGUCUCUUUCAAGAGUUAAAACAUAUCAAAGCAAUCUUUCCUAACUCCCUAGGAUUUGUCCCAGAAAUAAAUUACUUUUUGAACUAAACUAGUAAAGUCUUUUUUAAGGUGUUUUUUUUCCAAAUGCAUACCAUGAUUGGACUGUGCUGCAGAUUAGUCUCCUACAAAACUUUGAGUAUGCCAUUUGUAAGUGUUAGCAUUAUAAAUGACAGGUGAAUUUCAGAGUUUACUUGUAAUAUUUCACUGGAUACUGUAACAGCCUGUAAGUUAUACACCUGUUUGAUUGAUGUUACAUGAUACAAAAUAGGAAAAAGAUCUUUUGCUGGUUCCCUUUCUUAGAGUCAAAAGCAUUCAGUGUGCAAAAUUCAGCUUCAAAAUAUGCAAAAGGAAAGCAGGUUAUUCAAAAUUGGAUCGAGCACUGAACUACCCUGCUGACAAAUAUCUUGUUGCAUUGAUCCAUAAGUAUAGUCACAUUUGUUUAACCUAUAUCUCAUAUGGAAUUCAGAAAAGUCCAGCAUAUAUAAAACCACCUAUAGAUGGUAGUCAAAAAUAAAAGUAAAUAUAAGUGGCUUUUCCAUUUAAUACUCUCCUAAUUAUUUCUGCCCUUUGGCUGUUGAAAUUCCUAAGUACUAGUCCUAAUUGGAACAAAAUAAUUAGAAAAAUUAUAAGUGGAUUAUAUUUCUGAUAUGUGCCUUAUUAUUUUUAUUGUACUAUAAUUUUUACUAUAUGUUGACCAUAUGUUUUAGUAAUAGGUAUUCCAUUAAGAUGGCAAAGCAGGCCCUGGCUGGUGUGGCUCAGUUGGUUGAGCAUCAUCCAAUGCACUGAAGUGUCACUGGUUCAAUUCCUGGUCAGGGCACAUACCCAGGUUUCAGGUUCCAUCCCCAGUUGGGGAGAGUACCAUUGGGAUACGUACGGGAAGGAGGCAACCAAUCCUAUGUUUCUCUCACACUUCGAUGUUUCUCCUCUUCCUGUCUCUCUAAAAUAAAUUUUAAAACAUUUAAAAAAUGGCAAAGUAUGAUUUCUCAGUCACCUGAUUACUGAUAAUGAAAGUUCAUUCUUUCAUCACUUAAAAUAAAAAAGGGGAAAAUAUUUACAGAAAUAUACAUUCUGCCCUGGCCAGAUGGCUCCGUUGGUUGGAGCUUCAUCCUAUGCACCAAAAGGUAGUGGGUUCAGUUCUUAGGGCACAUACCGAGGUGCAGUUGCAUCCUGGUCCAGGCACAUACAAGAGGCAACCCAUCGAUAUUUCUCUCUCACAUCAUUUCUCCCUUUUUCUCCCUCUUUCUCUCUCUCUUCCUCUCUCAAAGUCAAUUUAAAAAUAUAUCCUUGGGUAAGGAUUUUUUUAAAUGUUUUUUUAAAAUUACAUGCUGUGGUGUGGGAAAGAGUGUGAAUGUUUUAUCAAAUCAAAGCCCUGUGGGUUAUAAAGUUAUUGCCUCAGGCAUGAUUGAGAUUCAGUAGCCUUAUCUACGAAGGGAAGAUAGUCUGUUUAAGCAGGUACUCUUAAGGAUUAAAUACUGUAUGUAAAACAUGAUAGACACUAAAGUAUACCUAAUCCCGUUCUACCAGUUCCAUUUUAAGACUAUCAUCAAGUUUGAAAACUUAGCUUUAUAUUGCAGCUAAACAGCUGUGUAACUAUAGCCUAAUUGGGGGCUUAAAAAUGGCAGCAGAGGAAGUGGAAGCUACACUGACACUCUCGCAGGACCAAAGUGGAAAUACAACUACAAUGCAGAAAAACCACCCUGAAAAAUCAACUGAAGACUAGCUGGAGAGAAUCCUGGUAACUAAGGAUGGAGCGUGGAAACUGAGUAGAGACUGGUAGGAAGUGCAGAAGUGCAAAAGGCCUGGCCCAGCUGCCACAGAUAGCAGCUGAAGGUCCAAAGGGAUAGCUCAAUGGUGAUGGGUUCCCACUGAGAACUCUGAGGUCUAAACCCCAAAUGGAGCUCCCCAGUCCACAUAACCAGAACUAAGAAAGGUGUCCACAGAACAUCUGACUGUGAACAGCAACAGGGUUGCUAUCAGCCAGCAAGAGACAGCUGAAAAUGCAGGCACCCUCUUAAAGGGCCAAUGUACAAAAUUCAUGUGCAACCACUCACUUUGGGCUCUAGUGGAGGGAGGGUGGAAUGGACUGGAGCUGUGUGAGUCCAGAGUGGAGGGCUCUGGGGUUGGAGCUCGGAAGGAAACCACCCCAGUUUCCCAUACUGAGUCAUUCCCUCACACUGUGAAGGACAUCUUUCUCCUCAGACAUUUGCUAUCCAGGUGAUUUUUGCCUGGAAGGGGGGGGAGGCAGUUGCCCCAUCCUAUUGGAAGACCUCUUGCACCCUGUAGUCAAUAGCCUAAGGCUAAUCAAGCCUGAAUACAAACUGCAGGCAGAGGUGAGUCUCUGGAGGUUUUGAGUCUUUGCCUGAUCUCCUCUGGGCCUGGGGCUAGGAAAAGCAGAUCCUGGACAUCUUGGUCCUUUCCAAAGGCACUCAGCCCCAGCAGAGGAAGCCACAAGCUUAGAAAUGCUGAUAGCUCCAAAUAAGGGAUUCAGGGCCAGUCAGAAACAGUGUCUGAGAGUGUCUUGCACUAGAGAUUAGCAGUCGUAGUAGAUAUACCUAACACAUAGACAUAAUCACAAACAGGCAGUCAAAAUAGGGAGACAAAAAAAAAAAACC